AUGCCUCUCUACAAAUCCCCCAAUGCAAAUGCGCCAGUCUUAACACAGUUCUCGCUGAAAGGCAAGAUAGCUGCCGUGACAGGUGGUGCUCGAGGUAUCGGUCUCGAGAUAGUCCGAGGCCUGGCCGAAGCCGGCGCAGAUGUCGCUCUCAUGUACACGUCGAGCAAAAAUGCUAGCGAGACAGCGGCUAAAAUCGCUGAAGAGACUGGAGUCCGUGUCGAGGCAUAUCAAUGCAACGUAGCGGACCGUGAAAACACUGAGACUGUCAUCAAUCAGAUUGCGAAAGAAUUUGGAAACGGUCGGCUAGAUGUCGUGGUGGCUAAUGCUGGAAUUUGCGACCAUAUUCCAUGUCUCGAGUACACCGAAGAGACAUGGCGUCGUAACAACUCCGUGAAUCUAGACGGCGUAAUGUGGACGGCACAGGCUGCGGGCAAGAUAUUCAAACAACAGGGGAAGGGCAAUCUCAUCAUCACAUCGUCCGUCAGCGCCACACUCGUCAACAUACCACAGACCCAGGCUGCCUACAACGCCUCCAAGGCUGCCGCAGUCCAUCUGGGUAAGAGUCUAGCAGUGGAAUGGGCAGAUUUCGCUAGAGUGAACUCUAUAUCCCCCGGUUUUAUCGUGACUGAAAUGAUCACGACACAACCUCCCGAGAGGAUGGAAAAGUGGUUAUCUAUGGUUCCCGGCGGGCGCAUUGCCGACGCUGCUGAGCUCAAAGGUGCCUACGUAUUCCUUGCGAGCGAUGCGUGCUGUUACAUGACUGGAGCGGACAUCAUUAUCGACGGUGGUUAUACAUUGACGUAG